CUUCUUGCUCGUCCUCUCCCUCAUCACCAACCUCCCUUCCUCCUCUCUCUCUCUCCCCUCAUCUCUCUCGCCUUAUAACUCUGCUGUCCCUGCAGCUUCACAAGGCUCGUUUUCUAUGCUCAGCCUCGCCCGCAGGACUUUGAACCGUGUCCCCAGCUUUCAGGAUAUUCUACAAGGCAGGAUGACCCACCCCGAUAUCUCCGUCGACGUUCUCGUCAUUGGUGCCGGUCCUACUGGUCUCGGUGCCGCGAAGCGUCUUAACCAGAUUGAUGGCCCCUCUUGGUUGAUCGUUGACAGCAACGAGACUCCUGGUGGUCUUGCUUCCACCGAUGUGACCCCCGAAGGUUUCCUCUUCGAUGUUGGUGGUCACGUCAUCUUCUCCCACUACAAGUACUUCGACGACUGCAUUAACGAGGCUCUCCCCAAGGAUGACGACUGGUACACCCACCAGCGUAUCUCCUACGUUCGCUGCCAGGGCCAAUGGGUUCCCUACCCCUUCCAGAACAACAUUUCCAUGCUUCCCAAGCAUGAGCAGGUCCGCUGUAUCGAUGGCCUGAUCGAUGCUGCCCUCGAGGCUCGUGUUGCCAACACCAAGCCCCAGAACUUCGAUGAGUGGAUUGUUCGCCAGAUGGGUGUCGGUAUCGCCGACCUUUUCAUGAGACCCUACAACUUCAAGGUUUGGGCUGUGCCUACGACCAAGAUGCAAUGUGCCUGGUUGGGUGAGCGUGUUGCUGCCCCUAAUGUCAAGGCCGUGACGACCAACGUUAUCCUUAACAAGACCGCUGGUAACUGGGGUCCUAACGCUACUUUCCGUUUCCCCGCCCGUGGUGGUACCGGUGGUAUCUGGAUUGCCGUCGCCGACACUCUCCCCAAGGAGAAGACUCGCUACGGUGAGAAGGGCAAGGUCGUUAAGGUCAAUGCCAACAACAAGACCGUUACCCUGGGUGACGGUACCACUGUCGGCUACAAGAAGCUCGUCUCCACCAUGGCUGUGGACUACCUCGCUGAGCAGAUUGGCGACCAGGAGCUCGUUGGCCUCACCAAGCAGCUCUUCUACUCCUCCACUCACGUCAUUGGUGUUGGUAUCCGUGGUACCCGCCCCGAGAGAAUCGGUGACAAGUGCUGGCUCUACUUCCCCGAGGACAACUGCCCCUUCUACCGUGCCACCAUCUUCUCCAACUACUCCCCCUACAACCAGCCCGAGGGCUCCAAGAAGCUCCCCACUCUGCAGCUUGCGGAUGGCUCCAAGCCCCAGAGCACUGAGGCUCAGGAGGGUCCUUACUGGUCCAUCAUGUUGGAGGUUUCCGAGUCUUCGAUGAAGCCUGUCAACUACGAGACUCUCCUGGCUGAUUGCAUCCAGGGUCUCGUCAACACCGAGAUGCUGAAGCCCACUGAUGAGAUUGUCUCCACCUACCACCGCCGCUUCGACCACGGCUACCCCACCCCCUCCCUGGAGCGUGAGGGCGCUCUUACCCAGAUCCUGCCCAGACUCCAGGAGAAGGACAUCUGGACCCGUGGCCGCUUCGGUAGCUGGCGCUACGAGGUCGGUAACCAGGACCACUCUUUCAUGCUCGGUGUUGAGGCUGUGGACAACAUUGUCAACGGCGCUGUCGAGCUGACCCUCAACUACCCUGACUUCGUCAACGGUAGACAGAACACCGAGCGUCGGCUGGUUGACGGCGCCCAGGUUUUUGCUAAGAGCCAGGCGCAGUAAAGGGUUGAAAUGUUAAUAGAUUUACACGGGUUUUAAUUUCUUUUUUCUUGAAUGAUUCCAGGCAAGGGGCAAAAGAUUUGUUUAGAGAUCUGAUUACGAUCAACGGGAGCCAUAUUUCAUCAUUUUUUCUUCUUGUCCUAUCUAUUUAACUUAUCUUACCAAGUUUUUUUUUCUUUUUUACUCUUGGCUCAUUGACAGCGAUGUAUGGGAGAUGUUCUUGGCAUUGUGAUGCGUAUCAUCAUCCACUUUUCUAGCCGCCUUUUGCUCCAUCCACUAGACAUGAAUAGAAGUUGCUUAUCGAACGCGUGUUUUUCUUUG